AUGCUAGCACAAGAAACACAAAUACCUAAGCGAUCUGCAGCCAUCCAGAAGACCCGAAGAAUGCCCGAUUUUGGCGCCCGAAGAUCGUUGCUGCCAGUUUGCCUCCAUUGGCAAUCGGGUGAACGAGGCCCACGCGCUCUGGUUCGCGCAUCGGCGCCUUUGAUCUCAUGGAUCCCCACUUUGUUCUGCCUCGGUCGCCUGUCGUUGUGGCCGUCUGUUCCAGUGUUCCUCAUAGAGUACCUGUGUACAGUGAAUGCAUCCCACCCACCCAUCCGAUGGCUGUUUCCGUAUCACUCACAGCCGGAAACCAUCGCACACAAAGCCUGGAGCAUUCCCAAAAAUUCGAUAAAGCUUGCCCAAUCGAUUCGCCAAAUGCAACCAGAUGGCAACAACAGAUACAAUGAUAUUCUCAAUAGCGUGAACCUAGCUCGGGAACGCGCGCUUUCCCCAAUUCACCCUGGCCCAGACGGGACGUACAUGGAGUAUUUCUGUCACAAAGGCGCAACAGACCAAUGGAAAAUUACGACCCAGUUUCCGAAUCAGAGUGCCGAGGCACACUCAUUUCAGAUCAGGGUCGUGGACGCGAACCCUGCCAGUCUGAAUUGCGACGCUGCUUACUCAACCUGCGAUGUCAUCGAUGAGAGCAUGGCUGAAGCAGUCCCAGAGCAAGAUCUAAGCCUAACUGCGAAUGAACAGUCUGCACGUGGAAACGUAAUAAAGUUUGCGAGGAUUCAUGCAAACGGCCGUCUUUGCCCAGGAGCAAUUCUAAGAUUCAUCGGAACUGUUUCCGUCCGGAGAACUGCCAACUCGAUUCCAUGCCAUGUACGCAAAACGAACCUGAUCCAUGGGCCUCGAUCUAUGAUGUCUUCAAAGGGCAACCUCGCCGUUCAACAGCGCUCAGUGGGUGGCAUACGAAUGCGCUGCUGCAUGCCAUGUUCUUGGUUCUUGGAAAGCGGUAUCAACUCCGGUUUGAUGACGGUGCUCAACUCCUCUCUUCAGCUGCGAAGUGAAUGCAAGCAGAAUUUGCACCGGAGCAACGGAAGGACCAUGGACCCAAAGUAG